CAGGUGGGAGGAAACUGAAGUACCGAGAGGGGGACGUCACGUACCCUAGGUCACGCCGUGAGUCUCGGAACAAAACCCAGGUCUCCUGAAGCCCCAAUGCUGGAGCCUUUGAUGGAGCACAGCCCAAUCAAGUGCUGCGCACGGAUCUGGUGGGGCCUCUGGGUGUUAAUUCUGAACAUCACUUUGAAAUGAACAAAACCUGAAAGGAACAGAAAGUCCAGCGUUGCUCUCCCUUUGCCGCUUGUUCAGCACAGCUGGGAGAAAAUACCAGGCCCGAGAGGGCUCUCUAAUCUAGCGGAGAAAGGCCGAACAAGAACCGGUGGCUGGUAGCUGGAGCCAGACGCGUGGGAACAUAAAGGAGGUGCAUGUUUUUAACUGCGAGGGUGAGUAGCCGUUGGAACGGGCUGCCAAAAGAAGUGUCGAUGUCUCCAUCUCCUGAUGAUCCAGCCUGGCUGCCUUUCGGGAAGAGGCUUUAGCCCACACAAGUUCCUGGGCUCAGGACAGGGGUAACUGGGCAAGGGGCCGUGGUCUGUGCUAUGCAGGGGGUCAGCCAAGCUGAUCUGAAGGUCUCCCCUGGCCUUUGCAUCUAGGAAUCCACACGGGAGUCGCUCAUCUCCCAAGGUGAGCGUUGUUGUCCUGCUGGAGUUGAGGUCAGGACCAGUCGCGGUCAGGCACUGCCCCAGGGCCAGCCAGAGGUGCUAAGCCUCGUGCAGCUGGGCAAAGACACGACACCCUGUAACUUACAGUGGUGCAUCUUGCCUGAGUAGUUAGCCACCAACAGCUGUAACCAGCGCCAGUCCCCAGGGGGUGAAUUCUCACCAGGGGUGGGGCAGGUGAUGCUGUUCCGCAUCCCAGUACGGUUAGGAAGAAACUUCACAACUGCGAGAGAAAGGGGGGCUAGGACACCUGGGUUCUGUGUUCAACUCUCCUACUGCGUAUGGGUGAGUCACUGCCCCACUCUGUGCCUCAGUUUCUCCACUGGUAAACGGGGCUAGCGACACCCUGCUCUCGGCAGGGGUGGGGGAAUUGCAAGUGUUAAUUUCUCCAAGUUCUGUCCCUCCUUUCCAUCCCUGAUCCUGCAGCAAGUGCUCUGUGGUUAGAUUCCUGAGCCCCACCGCAGUCCAUGCCAGCGCAGACCCUGGCUUGCACCCUCAGCUGCCACAUUGCUCAGUCAGUCCGGCCCUGAGAGCAGGGAAUGAAAGGGCCCAUUAUUGCUGCUGGUCACACACGGCUGAUUCAUCCCAGCCGGCACCAGGCUUUCCUGCUGGGCUAAGCACUCCGGGCUGGUGUGGGCAAGAGGACUGGGUCAGGGAAACAGGAACCCCCUUCACCUCCGCACAGAGUGGCCCCCGGUGCUUUGUGCCCGGGACUCUCUGCCUUAGCUGUUAGGUCCCAUUGUUCUCAUCUGCACCCCACUCCGUGCAGAUGUGCAUGACGUGGGCCAGGGGCUGACGUGGGAGCCAGGGCUGCGUCCCCACAGCCCCACUUGCAGUGCUGCUGGCCUCCUCGGACUUGGGGAAGCCUUAGAAGAGCUUUUCCUCGAGAAGUCCCCUUUUACAAGCAUGCACAGGUGCCUUGCCCUGCCCUGCCUCCAGCUGCCACCCCAUACCCCGCGACACCGUGCGGAUUAACCCUUGACAGAGAGAGACGGCGCUCGGGGGCGGUGGAGAUCAGACGUGCCACACAGCCUGGCCGGGCUCCUUAAAGCCUCCCAGAGACCUGGCUCAGCCAGACAGCGACGUGCAGCAGGGACGGGAACGCUGCCGACCCACAAGCCAGCCUUGCAGGCGGUGCUGAGAUGAACAACUGGACGGCCGGGCUGGAGGCGACGGAGGCACCCCUGGGUGCUGCCCGCGGGGAGUGUGAGCUGAGUGACCCCGUGCAGUUUGUCCUGGUGCCCCUAGUGUACUGCGUGGUGCUCUGCGUGGGGCUGCCUGGCAAUCUGGUGGCCCUGCUGGCCUUUCUGCAGAGUGGCCAGGUGAGGAAGGCCAUCCGCAUCUACCUCAUCAACCUCACUCUGGCCGACAUCCUCUUCAACCUCACCCUGCCCCUCUGGAUCCCCUACUACUUGGCCGGGGGGCACUGGGUCCUCUCAGAUGCCACCUGCCGUCUGGCCGGGGCUGCUUACUACAUAGCCACCUACAGUGCCAUUGCCUUCAUGACCCUCAUCAGCUUCGAUCGCUACUGCACCGUCCGCGUGGCCAGGCUGGACCUGGCUCUGAACCGGCGCCACGGGGCCAUGGCAGCUUGCGUGACGGUCUGGCUGCUGUGUUUGGGCUGCGCCAUCCCCUCCCUGGCAGCCCAGCAGACCUGGGCGGGCUCUCGGGGCACCAAGUGCUUUGAGCAGUCUGCAGGGCACAGGAACUAUGCCUAUGCCAUGGUGGGCUUCUUCAUGGCCUCCUUCCUGGUGGUGCUGGGCGCGUACGCCUCCAUCAUGAGGUCGCUCUCGGCCACUGCCUCCCACGGUAGCCACCGCCGGCUGGCCCGGGCCAUGGUGCUGGGCAUGCUGUUGGUGUUUGUGGUCUGCGUGGCCCCCUACCACCUCACCCUGGCCCCCUGGGUGGCCAGCCGGACGCAGACCCCCGGCUGCAGCCCACCCUCCACCCUGGACAUCCUGCACACCCUGAGUGUGGCCCUGCUGAGCCUCAACAGCUGCAUCGAUCCGCUGAUCUACUGCUUCUCCAUCAAGCGCUUCCGGGCUGAUCUGUGGAUGACUGCGCGCAAGAUCGUCCGGUGCCUCCCACUGCCCCCCUCCCCGCUGGAGAGAUCCAUUCCCAACGUCCGCUCCUCCUCCUUCACCUCCUCCUAGCGUGGCCGCUGGGAGAAUGGCUCACGGCUUAGCUCGGCUCCCUCUCCAGGGCACUGGUCCACCAUAGCGCCAGCCUCCAGUGUCUUGGCCUCAUUGUGAGAAUCUUGAACUUGCCCCUGGGGCUCUUCCAGUUGGGUGGGGGGGGUCACCUGGUAACAGCAUCUCCCUGGCCUGAUUGGAGGGUGACCAAGUGUCCGAUGUGAGCUGGGGAUCCGCUCCCUGCCAGUGUGCCCCGUGGCAGGAGGUUGGCAGGAACGGCUUUGCUGACGAGUCUGAGUCAACCUGCCCGGAUGCACCCGGCCCACCUGGAUCUCACUCUCUGCCACCCCUCAGGCAGUCCAGCCCCCAGUGCUCCUCUGGGACAUGGGCCUCCGUGGGGCUUCGGCUGGAUCUGAAGAUUCGAGGGACGUGGCGGUGGCAGGUCUCUCUCCUCAGCAGUGCUGGCCUUGUUGCCUUCAUGUUGCUGCCGGAGAGAGAGGCUUCUCCUGGGCUGCUCCUGCCUGUUUUGGAACCCCUUCUUUGCUCAGCACGGGUACGGAGCUGCCCCAUCCCUGCCUUCCUGCUCCUCUGGCGCGUUAAACCCCCCUUGGGCAGAUGUCCCCUACCGUCGCUGCUCAGGGCAUGUCACUCACCCAUCAGCCCCCUCAGAGCGUCUCCAACCUCUUGGCUGCAUUGUGGGGACUUGAGCGCUAGCAGUAAUUAGCUCCUGGCCCUCCUGAUGGGGAUGUGCCCUGGAGGGUUACGACAGGCUGUUAGUUGGUGGGAGGGAUGCGUGGCUUUGUACCUGGUGUAACGCCCAUGGCCAGGACAGAGGGUCCCGCCUGCUUGGAGACAAGGCUGCUUGGAAACGGGCCAUGUGAAUUUGUGCAUAAACUGCGUUUUCUCUUCAAAGUGCUUUUCCUUGUCUCCUAGCUCGGCGUAGCCGGAACGGAGCCCUGCAGCCGGCCCCCAGCAGGGACGGGUCGUCUGGCUGGGGUCUGCUCUCCCCAAGGGCCCGUUGAUAUGGGGUCUGUCAUAGGGUGACACUGGCCUUUUAAGAGGGAAGAGGCCUGUGCACCUGUGACUGGGCACUUGACCCUCACUUAGGCUUAAUUAGGGCCCUAGGGGAUCAGAGCUGCCUGGGGCAAGCAAGGGAAGGUGCAGUUGAGAGCUGCUGGGAGAGUCGGGGUGCUUCAGGCCCCCUGGAGCAGGGAAGGGUUGUGCAGAGACCAGCAGGAGCCUGGCCACUGGCCUUCCUGAGCUGGAGAGCCAGUUCUGGGGGGCUGAGGGGGUUCUGAGCUGGGGGGCUGUGGUCAGGUCGAAGAGCCGUGAGGUCAAGUGGCUGGCCGGGCAAGUGGGGGCCUGCACUGAGGGUGGAAAGGCACUGGGGACCGAGUGCUGCUGGGCUCCCGGGUGGGUGACCUGGAAGUGAUGUUGCUGGGAAGGGGAGUGGAAAACCAGCAUGCAUUGGUGUGUUUUACUAGGGGAACUGGGAGAAGGGUUUUUCCCAUGAAGGGUCCAUGGACUAGUGCACGUGUACAUGAAUAAAUUCUGCCCAGA